GGGCCUCGGUGAACGGCCCAGAACCUCCCAAACGGUUCCUAUCGAAAGCCUAGAGCAGCCCAGCCUACUCCACCAUUCCCUACCCAUCCACUCCGCUCUAGUCCUCUCACCGCCGGCCACCGCCGCCGCGAAACCGAUCGCCGUUCGCCAUGGCGCUACGCAGAGCAGCCUCCCUCGUACUCAGGCAGCGCAUCCGUACCCUCGCCCCCGCUCCAUCGCCCAAACAUCUAAACCUUCUGCCCCCACUCCCGCAUCCCCGCCGCCACUACUCCCCGCGGCCGCCGCCCGCGCUCCCCGCGUCCGCCCGCGUCCUCGCGGAGGCGGCCGAGGAGGCGUUCGAGGCGGCCUCCACCACCACCGACCUCUUCGCCGCCUUCUCCCGCCUCGAGAACGCCGUCUCGCCUACGGACAAGCGGCUCGCCCUCGCCUGCCUCAAGCUCGGCCAGCACCUCGACUCCUCGGCCUCCGCCGACCCCUCCCGCGUCCUCGAGCUCGCGCUCCGCUCCGUCGGGAUCCUCGAGGCCGCGGCCCCCAGGUCCUCCGAGCCGUCGUCGGACUCCGACGCCGUCUCGCUCGCCAUGGCGCUCCACCUCGCCGGCUCCGCCUCCCUCGACCUCACCCGCUUCCACGACGCGCUCUCCUUCCUCUCCCGCUCCCUCCGCCUCCUCACCCCGCUUCUCCCGGCUAAAGACGCCGCCGUUGGGGAUGAGGGCGGCGACCCUGAUGCCGAAGGGUUCGACGUGAGGCCCGUGGCGCACGCGGUGCGGCUGCAGCUCGCCAACGUGAAGACGGCGCUGGGGAGGCGGGAGGAGGCCCUUGCCGACCUGCGCGCCAGCGUGGAGCUCAAGGAGUCGAUCCUGCCGCCGGGCAGCCGGGAGCUCGGCGCGGCGUACCGGGACCUCGCGGAGGCGCACGCCUCCGUGCUUGACUUCAAGCAGGCGCUGCCAUUCUGCCAAAAGGCGCUGGAGCUGCACGAGUCGGCGCUGGGCAAGAACUCGGUGGAGCUCGCGCACGACAGGCGGCUGCUCGGUGUGAUAUACACUGGCCUAGAGCAGCACGAACUGGCGCUAGAGCAGAAUGAGAUGUCCCAGAAAGUGAUGAAGAAGUGGGGUGUGGCUGGCGCCGAUCUCAUUCAUGCCGAGAUUGAUGCGGCGAACAUCAAGAUUGCGCUGGGGAAGUUUCAUGAGGCCGUAAGCGUGCUAAAAGACGUCGCCAAGAAGGUGGAGAAGGACAGCGAUGUGCGAGCUCUGGUGUUCAUAUCGAUGGCCAAGGCGCUCGCCAACCAGGAGAGGGUUGGGGACACCAAGAGGUGCUUGGAGAUCGCUUGUGGCAUUCUAGAGAAGAAGGAAGUGUCUGAACCUGACAAGGUGGCUGAAGCUUAUAUCGAAGUAUCCUCGCUGUAUGAGAUGGUGAAUGAAUUUGACAAGGCGAUAUCUUUGAUGAAGAGGAGUUUGGGGAUGCUCGAGAGGAUCCCUCAAUCACAACACUUGGAGGGGAAUGUGGCAGCUAAGAUUGGAUGGCUAUUGCUUCUGACAGGGAAGGUGACUGAGGCCGUUCCAUAUUUGGAGGAUGCAGUAGAGAGGAUGAAAGAAAGUUUUGGGCCGAAACAUUAUGGUGUAGGAUAUGUAUAUAACAACCUGGGGGCUGCGUACAUGGAGAUGGACCGGCCCCAGUCUGCUGCACAGAUGUUUGCGCUCGCAAAGGAAGUCAUGGAUGUUUCCUUAGGGCCUCACCAUUCUGAUACAAUUGAGACCUGCCAGAGCCUCGCCAAUGCAUACAACACGAUGGGAAGCUAUGCCCUGGCUAUGGAGUUCCAAAAGCGAGUGAUUGAUUCAUGGCGAAACCAUGGUCCCAGCGCUGAGGACGAGCUCAGGGAAGCCAUUCGUCUCUACGAGCAGAUCAAGAUAAAGGCCCUAGCAUUCUUGUCACCCGGUGAUCAAGCAAUCGCGUUGCCUGAACCUCAGGAACAGGAAGUCGAUUCGGAUCCGGCCAAAGUCGCACAACAGUAAUUAGGAACUUGGGGUCGUGUACCCUUUUCUUUCCUCUACUUGGAUGCUGCUUUGCUGUUCUGCAGUAGAAGAAAUUUUGGCUGUAGAUUUGGCGCAGGAAGUAGCCUUCUGUACCAUCUAGAAGAUUGGACAGUCUAUCUAAUCUAACGUAACCAAGACUUUAUUUAGCCAUGAUUAAGAAUCGGAACUUGGUUGAACUAUUGGGUGAGGAGUUUUUCCAUGCUAAAGAGUACAAGUAUGAAAAA